AUGAAAGGUUCGUUAUUGAUCUCGUUGAUUGCCCUCUUGGCUUUGGCUUCCUCUGUUGCUUCUGCCGAUCAACCCAGCCCUAGCCCUCUCCAAGAUUUCUGUGUGGGUGCCAAUGAUACCAAACCUGGAGUCAUAUUGAAUUGGUUUUAUGCGGUAUUUGUGAGUGGCAGAUUCUGCAAAGAUCCCAAGCUUGGGAAAGCGGAUGACUUCUUCCACAUAAUGGAAGGCAACACAUUAAACCCAUUGGCCUCCCAAGUGACUCAAGUUUCUGUAAAUGAAUUCCCAGGACUCAACACUCUUGGUAUUUCCCUUGCUCGAAUCGAUUAUGGUCCCUACGGUCUGAAUCCUCCCCACAUUCAUCUUCGUGCCACUGAAGUGCUGACUGUCCUCGAAGGAACUCUCCUGGUUGGAUUUGUGGCUUCCAAUCAAAAUGACGAUCAUUUAUUUACCAAAGCACUCAACAUAGAAGAUGUGUUUAUGUUUCCCUUCGGCAUGAUUCGCUUUCAGCUCAACGUCAGCCAUGACAAUGCUGUCGCACUUUCUAGUCUCAGUAGCCAAAAUCCAGGAGUCAUUACUGUUGCUAAGGCUGUGUUUGGAUCUGCUCCUCCCAUCUCACGUGACGUUCUCACUAAAGCCUUCCAAGUUGACAAAAACAUAAUUGCCUAUCUUCAAAAGCAGCAAUGGUACGAUAAUAACUGA